AUGAUUCUACUGCAUCACAAGCCUCUGACUGCACACAGAGCAGAUGUAGCUCUGCAGCGCCCCCCAUUGUCCCUGAGAAGAACUCCAGCCAGCGCCUCUUCAGAGCGACUCCCCUCCCCCACACACACACCCCUCACUCUGGCUGUGUGUGGCUCGGCUUGCUGGGCUGACUACAACCACAGCUACAACCACAGCUACAGCUACAACCACAGCUACAACCACAGCUACAGCUACAACCACAGCUACAACCACAGCUACAGCUACAGUACAACCACAGCUACAACCACAGCUACAACCACAGCUACAGUACAACCACAGCUACAGUACAACCACAGCUACAGUACAACCACAGCUACAACCACAGCUACAACCACAGCUACAGUACAACCACAGCUACAGUACAACCACAGCUACAGUACAACAGUAGUUACACUGGGUCAACAUGAGUGGAAUCCUGAGCAGCGGAGGGACGCGCCGGUGCCUGUUUCAGGAAGGUGUGUGCGUGUUGACAUUUGA